AUGGCAAAACAGGCUACUAUUAUCACGGACCGUCGGACAGAACAACAAACAAUAUUCCCCGGAGAAUCAGAAACGUGGAGUGACUGGGAUUCCGCGGAAUGGGAAUAUAAUGGCUGCUCGCCGUUUGUAUUAUCCCAACCAGGCACAGUUUUAGAUAAAAUGUAUUAUUCACCAAGUAACCCGAACCCGGAAUUGCUACCCUCAUACUUUGACCACAUCGAACUCCACGCAGGUGUUUCAGACUGUUCUCUUGAAAACCCCCUUCGUAUAUACCUCGAAUCCCCAAAAUACGGUAGCUUCAAGCCGCCGAAUAUUCAAAACCUCAAGCGGGCCAAAAGAAUUCUCAAAUCGGAGGAUAUGGAACGUGAGGAGAUCCCUAGAUUCGACCCUAUAAUCGCACAAAAUCUUGAGGAUUUUCUAGACCGAGAAGCAAUGCGGGAAUUAGAUAUGGACCCGUUCGACUCAAUACUACAUGAGGGACUCCCUAAGGUUGAUCCGUCGAUUGGUGUUAAUGCAUGGCUCUCACAAGCUCGUGAGAAGAAAGAAGGCUACUCUAUCGUUGCUGAAGAGCAAAAGGAUGGUAAAAUACAACCGGAAGAUACUAGUUCUGAAACAGAUAUUGAGAUUGAGGAGGAGGUUCCGUUGGGGCAAAGAGUUAGGAUACCUUCGAGGGUUAAUCAUGAUGGGUUGGACCAAGCUGUUGCAUGGAGAAUAUUGGCAGAUCCGAUUACAGGAAUGGAAAUCGCGGAGUAUACAAUUUGGCCGGAUUAUUUAUUUACGAGGCCGACGAGCUUGAGGUUUGUGUCCAAGCCUUUAGGCACCGAAUCGAAAGUAUAG